UUUAGGGUUAGCAGCUCAAUAGCCAGGUGGCACACACAACUCCUAUGGGGCCUCCUGGUAUUGGUAAAGGUUGACCUGAAGCCUCAUACUGAUCUCAAUUAACUGAAAAGGCUUCCGAACUAUCCAUUAUGCUCUUCUGGCUUCUCGACGCUAUUAGUAGGGCAGUGGCACUUCUGUCACCGCACUGUGGAAAUAGCUAGCAUGUAGGCUGCACGCCGUCACUGUAUAAGAACAUUUAUAACUCUGAUCUAAAACUUUCUGUUGGGACUCUAAGCUGGAGAAAGACGCAGGAAGGAUCUGUGUUACUGUGAGACAUUAAAGAUAAAGGGCAUAAGCAGAAGGAAACAACAAGUAUUGAUCAGCACACUGGACACAGUCAGUAUUGACCUACAGCAGACCUGUCCUUGAUCAAGAUGAGUCACAUGAAAAAGUUCCAAGGUAUUCCCAUGUCAAAGUCAAUGAGAGAUUUGUGUAAGGAGGAGGACUAUGCGUUUCUGGGAAUGUCAGAAAAGAUGACAAAUGUAGCGGCGGAAAGAGCCGGAGAUUCGCUGGAUGACUGGAGAGACAAAAAGGAGGAGAGGGUCCGGCGGCGACUGGAGAGGGAGCAGCUUGAAAAAGAGCGCCUCCAACAAAUAGAAGAGAGCAAGAAGGAGAAAGAGCAGCAGUGGCGGACUCGUGCAGAAAAGAUGACCUCCAGCCAGGAGAAGGCUCUGCAAGACAGACUGGCAAGACUCAGGAGAUUCAGGGAGUUCCAGAGGAAGGUGCUAAUAGAGGAGUCAGGGAUGGAGGGCGGGGGGGCCAGCCUCGCGGUCAACCAGCUUCUCACCAGGAUGUAGAUGCACUAUACGAGAGACUGACUCAUGAUUAGGACUGGGUACCGAACUUCAAUACUUUUUAGGCACCGACCGAAUUGCCUCCACUAGUAUCGAGUAUUGAAAAAUGCCUGGUCAUUCAAUGCCAAAGGUCAGUACCCAAGGACUAAAUCUCAUCAGCGUCAGUGAGCCAAUAAGCACGCAGGAUGCUUGUACCAAGACCUAAUAAUGCUUGUGAUUGGCUGUCUAAUGUUACACGUCAAAGAGGCAGGUAGGAAAAACUCUUGACAAUAGCGUGCAAAGCAUAGUUGUACAGAAGCUGAAAAAUGAAAUGAAAAAAUGUGUACCGUUGCAUGUGUAAUGCCAUUUCUUUUUUUGUUCAAAUAGAUUUCAUAAAAUUGGCAUAAAACUAAAAAAAGGAUCAUUUAGAAACAGGUGUCGAAUUCACGGUAUUGAUACCGAAAUGUUUGUAACGAUACCCAGCCCUACUCAUAAAUGUGCUUUCUGUUGCACUUUAACAUACAAAAAUUAUCUCUGUGUCAACUUAUAAAUGUAAAGGAAUAGUUGAUAACAUAGGAUUUAUUUUUUUUUUUUAUAAAAAACAAAAAAAAAGGAGCCAGCAGCUACAGCUGAACUCAGUUUAGCGGCUGCAUUUCGUUGCCUUUGUACUUGUACUCUGCAG